AUGGCCUCUUCAGACGAUGAAUUAGGGACUUCCCAAGUCAGUAAAACGCCUCGCGCUCCGAAACCAUCCUCAACGGCACGACACUCUAAACCAGCGAACGCCACUUCCACCAAGCCCAAAGCGCGUCGUGCGCAACCCACGAAGGUGCCACCUUCCGGGCGCGGCUCGAAAGAUAGUCCAGUGGACAUCGAUCAUAGCGACCCGGCCGUGAUUGAGCCAGCGCGUAGCGGAAGAGGGAAGAACAAAGCCCCCAAUGUUGCCGAAGCGGUAGCUUCGGACAACUUGAAAGUAGGGGAACAGGGCGUCGAAGAUGCUGAUACGGAAGCAGUCACCACAAUCAACAAUCCGACACGUACCCAGAAGACAACCGCAUCAAAGGUAGAUCAUGAUAAAGAGAGCCUGAGGAAGAAAGUGCAUGAGCUCGAAAGAAUCAUUGCGAGUCAUCGCCAGACACUUGAAGAGGUCCUUGCUGUUCGAAACACUGAGGCCGAACAAAUACUAGAAGAGCAACGCCAGCUUUGGGAGACGCGUUUAGCUACUCAACAGGAGACGAUACAGGAACUCACCUCCCAUCUCGCACGCGUCGAACCUCUCAGUCGCAGUGGGACCGGAUCCGUCCUACAUUUGCUAACGAGAGACGCUGCGGAUGAAGAAAAGAAAGCUCUUGCAUCAGAGAUUACACAGUUGAAAGCCACUAUCGUAGAGAAAGAUUCUGUGAUUGCCGAAAGAGAUAAACGAAUCCUGGACUACACACAGCAAGAGAGGGAGCUACGCUAUGAAAUAAAAAUGUUGGAGGAGCGAAAGCCAUCUAACAAGCCAACAGCACGGAGUCAUAAUGCGCCUGCAGACCCCAAAACUGGAGAAAUAAUCCGCUUUUAUGAAGAUAUGACGGAGUUGCCAGUUGUGAGCAUAAAUCACCAGGGCACAUCUCAGCAUUCAGGUGACGACGAAUGGUUGCUACGUUGCGUCUACUCAGUAUCGGGUGACGAAGAGAAGAACUCGUUCUCCCUCGACUUUUCUAUUCGUACACAUUUCGAGCCUUCCUCCGAGGGUAAAGCAAAAGAGACACUCCACUACAUCCCUCUCAGCCUCGACAAAGAAAAACCCGAGGUCGUAGAUAAGUUGGAUUUCCUUAAGGCUCCUUUCACAUUCGAGCGUAGUCAAUUGGCAGUGUUCUUGCGGACUCUUCGUGACACGCUCACAGAAGCCAUCUCGCCUCAGGAGGAUGACCAGGAGGAAAGUCGGACUGCGAUUGAGAUAGACUAA